GCUUCGCGGAUGAAACAAGCUUGAAAGGCCAGAAAUGGCUCUCCUUCUCCGUGUUCCUCCUCCGGCGACUACCUUCUUCUCCGUCUCGUCGUCUUCGCAGUUCAGUCCUCGAAUCCCGAAUCAGAUACGAGGGUUUUCGUGCCGUUCCUCUGAUUCCUCGGAUAUGGUGGUGAAAUCAGACGAAGGAUCCUCGAAAUUGGAGUAUAAGCCUGGGAUUCUCGACAAUUUCUUCCUGCAUUCGUUCAGGAACAAACUGAUCGAGGAAGUCGGGUCGGAUUCGGAGAAACCCGGCUAUGAUGGGCUGAUAGAGCUGGUGAAGCUUCUCCUGCUGAGUCGACAGAGCCCGAAAGAUUUGCCUCAGAAAUUCAGUUCUUCCACAAGCUUUGGUUCGAAUGCUGACAUGUAUUUCUCUUGCGGGGUGCAGGUGAGGAUACUGAAAUCAUUUUUUCCUCCCCUCAUUUUAGAGCUUUACAAGCUUCUCAUUGCUCCUAUAGCACAAGGGAAAAUAGCUGCAUUGAUGGUUGCAAGAGUUACCGUUUUUACCUGUCAAUGGCUCAUGGGACCAUGCAAAGUCAGUUUGGUUGAUCUUCCAAAUGGAGAAUCAUGGAGUAGCGGGGUUUACGUGGAAAAAUGCCGGUAUCUGGAGGAGAGCAAGUGUGUGGGAGUAUGCAUUAAUACAUGUAAAAUACCGACACAGAGAUUCUUUAAAGAAGACAUGGGAGUUCCUCUAUUGAUGGAACCAAACUUCAGUGACUACAGUUGCCAGUUCAAAUUCGGGGUACUUCCGCCGAAGGAUGAUGCCAACGUUAAUGAACCGUGCCUUGCGACAUGCCCCAUCGCCGGUCGCCGGAAAAUAAGUUUCGGAAAAUGUCCGACGGCAUGAUAGCUCCACCAUUAUUCUAUGUUUAAACCAAAACGAAUGUACUUUGUGUAUAUUUGUAUAAAAGAUGGAGAUGGGUUUCGUUGACUCAUUAUUCCAAAUUCUUUGACCUGAUUAGAUCUUUUGUACGUACGCACGUACGUAGCUUUU